AUGUUUAUGAGAUUUUUUGGGAAGAAAACGGCUCCAUAUACUAUUAAGGCGAAGGUAAAGGACAUUGAUGGGCCGUUGAAGAUCGUUCUUCACGAAGGAUUUCGUGUAAGUGAUAAUUACGAGUGCUCAAUUUUCGAAAUCUCAAAUGAACAAACACCAAUAUGCCAAGAAUUAAGACAGAAUCUUCUUAAGCAAUGGAAGAUUCUCCGUCAUCCUUCUGUUGUUCCAUAUCUUGAUACUUACGAAGACAAUUCAAUUACAUACGUAGUAACAGAAAAAAUUCUUCUAUUUUCUGAAGGAGACUUCUCGGACAACGAAAAGCAAUGGGCUGUUAGAUCGAUUGCUGAAUUUAUUUCAUUCAUGUCUGCAAAUGCAAACUCAAUUUACGGAAAUCUUACAAACAACUCAUUAUUCAUGACACCUGGCCACGAAAUCAAGAUUGCAGGUCUUGAAUGGGUCAGCGCAAUGAAUUCUGGUCCCAUUUUCGAUUUUCUUCAAAAUUGGCAACAAAUUUCACAUGUAAAACAAGAUUUAAACAAGCUUCCAUUAUACGCUGCUGAUGCAUAUAUGUUAUCUGAAUACAUUAAGUCCUGGUCUGAAGAAUUAGCUCGACCAAUCAAUCAAAUUGGAAAAUGUUGGAAUUUUCUUUCAAAUAAAAUGCCAGAACCAAAAGAAUUACUCGAACUAGAAAUCUGGAGCUCAGAUAAGUUCUCCCAGAUGCUUACAUUCCUCAAAGAGCUUCCAUUAAAAGAUAAUUUGCAAAGACAAGUUUUCUUUAAAGAUUUAGUUGAUUACGCAGAUAUAUUCUCUCCUCCUAUGCAAGCAGAAGCUAUUAUACCAGAAUUAAUUAAAGCUCUUUCAUUUUCUCAAACUCCAGCAAUUUUACAACCAAUUUUCGCUUUGUCGUCAUCGAUGGACAAAGAAAGCUUUACAUCUAAGGUAAUUCCCAAGGUUACAGAGCUCUUUUCCAUAAGAAGUACUGAAUUACGUUUAGAAUUGCUUUCUCAAAUGCCCAAAAUCGUUCCAAAUGUCGACAAAUCAAUUGCCAAUGACGUUAUCUUCCGCGAAAUAUUCCCAGGAUUGAACGAUGUCUUAGUUAGACAAGCGACAAUUAUUGCGAUGGUUCCAUUAGCUCCGUUAUUGACUUCUGACAACAUUUCCGCACUCAUGAGGACAUUGGACAGGCUCCAGGAGGUCGAUGACGCGCAAGUUAGAACUAAUUCAGUUAUUUGUUUGGCAAAAAUUUCAGAAUACAUUGAAAAAGUUCAAUUUUUAGCCCAAGCGUUUGCCAAAUCAGCCAGGGAUGGAUUCGCACCGGCAAGAAAGGCAUCUGUAGCAGCAAUGAAGUCAUGCCUUCCGAAAUUCAAUUCAGGACACAUUGCGCAAAUACUUGUCCCCGCUUUAGGACCAUUACUCAUCGACCAGGUCGAGGAAGUGAGGAUUCCGGCACUCAGACUAAUGGCACAAAUUUUGGAAGGUUUGUCCGCAAACGAUAAAGAAAAAAUUGAGGAAGAAAACCAAAAUCAACAAAUUCCACAAAAACCGGCACCUGUCAAACCGAAAACCGUUUUGAAUUUGUCAAAUGUUGAAAAGGGUGGUUGGGAUGAAAUUGAUGUAAAUAAACCGUUAACCGCAACCGCCAAAACGUCAAAAACUGUCAAAAAGCCCAGACAAAUUACUCCAAAGCCGAAAGCAGCUGUUGUCGCUGAAAUUGAUGAUGAAGAUGGUUGGGGAGACCUUGAAGAUGCAGAUGAAGAUAAAAAACCACAACCGAAAACCGUUGUCAAACCGAAACCUAUCGUUCAACAGAAAAUCCAACCAAAAGUCGUAGAUAUUGAUGUUGAUGAUGAAGAAAAUGGUUGGGGUGAUUUCGAUGAACCUGAAAAAGUGACACCUGUCAAAUCGCAAACCGUCAAACCAAAAGUUGUUACUAAACCUGUUCAAAAACAGCAAAAAAUCGAAGAUGAUGACGAAGAAAAUGGCUGGGGAGAAAUUGAAGAAAAACCGAAAACCGUUGUCAAACCGAAAUCGUCUUUGACACAAAAGAAGCCAGUUAGUACUUCUAAACCAUUAGUUCUUAAGUCGACUAAGAAAGCUGAAGAAGAUGAUGAAGAUGGAUGGGGAGAUUUAGAUGAUGCGGCAAUUAUUCCUCAAAAAACAAAAGAAACUCAACCAAGAAAAAUGACAAAACCUGUUCAAAAAGUUGCAAAACAACAGACAAAUAAAGGUGAUGACGAUGAUGAUAACUGGGGCAAUUUGUACGACAAGUCUGGAAAGAAACAGAUCAGACCAAAGAAAUCUGUCAAAGCAAUGAAAGUUGAAGAGAUUGAUGAUGCUGAAUGGGGAGAUUGGGAUGAUGCCAAAUAG